UCCUGUGAUCUGGAAGAAGUGAUGAUGGAUGCUCUGGUCAAUGACAAACCAGAAUUUGUGAAAUUAUUUAUCGACAAUGGGGCUAACAUAUCCGAAUUCCUGACAUACAGUCGUCUGCAGAGACUCUACUGUUCCAUUUCUCAGAAGUCUCUCCUCUAUGAACUUCUGCUGAAGAAACAUGAAGAAAGCAAGCUGACCUUGGCAGGGCUCACUGGUCAACAGCAGAGGGAGCAGAAGGAGAUCUCCCCACUCUUCACUCUCAGUGAGGUCUCCAGGGUUCUCAAGGAUUUUCUCCAUGAUGCAUGCAAAGGUUUCUAUCAAGACCUGAGACAUGGAGGCAUCAAGAAAUCUGAUAAAACGAACACGAAGCAGUUACCUGGACCCUUAGAUAUGAACCAGAAAAGCGAAAAUCCUUGGAGGGAUUUGUUUGUAUGGGCAGUACUUCAAAACCGGCACAAGAUGGCAAACUAUUUCUGGGCUAUGGGCCAGGAGGGUGUAGCUUCAGCUCUGGCAGCCUGCAAGAUCCUGAAAGAGAUGUCCCGCCUGGAGACAGAGACGGAAGUAGCACGCAGAAUGAAAGAGGCCAAAUAUGAGCAACUGGCUAUUGAACUGUUUAGUGAAUGCUACCACAACAGCGAGGAGAGAGCGUUUGCUCUGCUGGUGAGGAAAACUCAGUACUGGAGCAAAACCACUUGCCUUCAGCUGGCUACAGAAGCAGAUGCAAAGUCUUUCUUUGCACAUGACGGUGUCCAGGCCUUCCUGACAAAAAUAUGGUGGGGAGACAUGUCUACAAGCACACAGAUCCUGAAAUUAAUCUGUGGAUUCUGGUGUCCAUUCCUGAUCUACACAAAUUUAAUAGCAUUCAGUGAGGAAAAACAAUCAAAGAAUGAGCCAGAGCCAUUUAGAGAGCUGGACAGUUUAGACACAGAAAGGACUCUGUUUUUGUCCAAGGAAGAAGAUAGAGGAAACAGUAAACUGGAAAAGCAGAACCUUUCUGAAAACACAGCAUGGGCAACAUUCAUGUUUACUCGGUGGAGAAAAUUCUGGAGUGCCCCUGUAACCGUAUUUAUGGGGAAUGUUAUAAUGUACUUUGCUUUUCUGUUUCUAUUCACUUAUGUCCUCUUACUGGACUUUAAGCCACCUCCACCUGAGGGUCCGUCUGCUAAAGAAAUUAUACUUUACUUCUGGGUUUUUACACUGGUCUUGGAAGAAAUCCGACAGAGUUUCUAUACAGACGAAGACACAAAUUUAAAGAAAAAAUUUAAAUUGUAUGUGGAGGAUAACUGGAAUAAAUGUGAUAUGGUGACCAUCUUCCUUUUCAUAAUUGGGGUAACCUGCAGGAUGCUGAACUCGACUUUUCAAGCUGGUCGAACAAUACUUGCUAUUGAUUUUAUGGUGUUUACACUUAGACUUAUACACAUUUUUGCAAUUCACAAACAGCUUGGACCAAAGAUCAUAAUUGUGGAAAGGAUGAUGAAGGAUGUUUUCUUCUUUCUGUUUUUCUUGAGUGUGUGGCUCUUUGCCUAUGGUGUGACAACUCAAGCUCUACUUCAUCCCGAUGACAGCCGAGUGGAAUGGAUAUUCAGAAGGGUGCUUUAUCGUCCCUACCUUCAGAUAUUUGGCCAGAUUCCACUGGAUGAAAUAGACACAUCACGUAUGCAUCCCAGGAACUGUACAUUUAAUCCACUGCAGAUUCUGCAGGAAAACUCACCAUCAUGUCCUAACAGCUAUGCCAACUGGCUUGUCAUACUUCUGCUGGUCAUCUUCCUACUGGUCACAAACGUUCUCCUAAUGAAUCUUCUGAUUGCUAUGUUCAGUUACACGUUUCAAGUUGUUCAGGGCAACGCAGACAUUUUCUGGAAAAUCCAGCGCUACAACCUGAUUGUUGAGUAUCACGGCCGGCCGGCCUUAGCACCACCAUUUAUCAUCAUUAACCACGUAACUCUGGUUCUCAGAAGAAUCUUCAACAAAAUGGAACAUAAAAAAGAACAUCUGGAAAGAGAUCUUCCAGUUGGUCUAGAUCAAAAAAUCGUAACAUGGGAGCUGGUGCAAAAAGAAAACUAUCUUGUAAACCUUGAACAAGAAAGGAAAGAAAGCAAUGAAGAAAGGCUGAAGGCCACAUCUAAUAAGGUGGAUAACUUGUCUAAAUAUUUUAGUGGACUGAAAGAGCAAGAAAAGCGGUUUAAAGUUAUGGAAACCCAGAUUUGCUACUGUACAGCCGCUAUCUCCUCCAUGGCAGAGGUUUUAACCAAAACCAAUCUCUUGUGCAACCAGCCAGCUCCAAACUACACAUGUGUGAUGAAUGCCAACACAGAAGUGCCUUUGCCAGAAAGAAGUGAGAGAGAAGAGCGUGCAGAUCAGUCCGGGACUGACAUCACAUAUAUUGAUAAUUAA